CAGUUUAACCAUUAAAACCAUCCUCUCAGGAAACAAUUACAAUCUGUAACCUCGACUUCAUGCUGCCACUGAUUAACCGGCGGUGGAGACGGACCGCUAUAAGGGAGGAAGACGGGAGACGAGCUGGUGAUUGUGGUGGUUCUUCUGAGGAUGGGCAAAGCACGAGGCUCCGCGGUGGAGGAGAGACCCAGGUGGGACAACAAGGCUCAGUACCUGCUGACGUGCAUCGGCUUUGCCGUGGGAAUCGGCAACGUCUGGCGUUUCCCUUACCUGUGCCAGAUCCACGGAGGGGGUGCGUUCCUCAUCCCCUACCUGAUAGCGCUGGUGUUCGAGGGCCUCCCGCUGCUCUACCUGGAGCUGGCCAUCGGACAGAGGUUCCGCAUGGGCAGCAUCGGCGUCUGGAACUCCAUCUCGCCGCUCCUGGGUGGAGUCGGAAUCGCCUCCAUGCUGGUGUCGUUCCUGGUGUGCAUUUUCUACAACACCCUUCUCGCCUGGGUGCUCUGGUACCUCUUUCACUCCUUCCAAAGCCCGUUGCCGUGGAGCCAGUGUCCCCUCAAUGACAACCUCACAGGUUACAAUACGGAGUGUGUGAAGAGCACUCCAGCGAACUACUUCUGGUACCGCGAGACCCUGAACAUCACACCCGACAUCGAGGCCAGCGGCUCUCUGCACUGGUGGUUGGUCGUCUGUCUGGCCAGCGCCUGGUGCAUGGUCUACGUCUGCUUCAUCAGAGGCCUCGAGUCCAUGGGCAAGGCAAUGUACGUGACCGCCGUCUUCCCUUACCUGGUGCUGACCAUCUUCCUGAUCCGUGCCCUCACUCUGCCCGGCGCUACCAUUGGACUGGUGUACCUCUUCACCCCGAAUUGGGAGAUACUGAAGAACCCUCAGGUGUGGCUGGACGCUUCCACGCAGAUCUUCUUCUCGCUCUCUGUGGCCUUUGGAGGUCUCAUAGCGUUCUCCAGCUAUAACGCAGAGAGAAACAACUGUGAGAUGGAUGCGGUUCUCGUGGGAGUGAUCAAUAGCGCCACGUCUCUCUACGGCGCCGUCCCCAUCUUCUCCAUCCUGGGAUUUAAAGCCAACACCGCCUUCAACUCCUGUAUGGAGGAGAACAUCUUGGCUCUGAUCAACCACUUUGAGCUUUCAGACCAGAACAUGACAGUGGACAACUAUGAUCAAUGGUUGGAGUAUCUAAAUCGUACGUUUCCAGCUGAGGUGGCCCGUGUGGACCUGAGGCACUGUGACCUGCAAUCAUUCCUUGACCAGAGUGCAUCGGGAACCGGCCUGGCUUUCAUCGUGUUCAGCGAAGCGGUGGUGGCGAUGCCGGGCGCCCAGAUAUGGGCCGUACUGUUCUUCACCAUGCUCCUGAGCCUGGGCCUCUCCUCCAUGUUCGGCAACUUGGAGGGCGUCCUCACGCCCAUCAGAGACCUCCAACUGCUGCCCAAGUGGAUCCCCGAUGGAGUUGUAACGGCGAUCAUCUGCUCGAUAGCCUUCCUGAUGGCUCUCAUCUUCACCAUGGGUUCGGGGAACUACUGGGUGGAGAUCUUCAACACCUACGUGGGCUCUGUACCCCUGCUCAUCGUCGCAUUCUUCGAGAUCACCGCCGUCAUUUACGUCUACGGCAUGAAGAAUUUCAGUGAAGACAUCUACUUCAUGACUGGGAAGAAGCCCAACAUGUUCUGGAAGGCAUGCUGGAUGGUGAUCAGUCCUUUAAUGCUCCUGGUGGUGUUGAUUUUCUACAUCAUCGUCCAGGCACAAAAACACCCAACGUAUCCCACAUGGAACCCAGACUAUGAACAAUUCCCCAAAACGGAGGCGAAGCCCUACCCAGACUGGGUGUUUGCCAUAAUCAUCCUCCUGUCUGUAGUACCCGUGAUUCCCAUCCCGCUCGUGGCGCUCUACAAACUGAUCUGCUGUAGAAUCAAGAAGUCCUCCGCCGACCCGAAUCCCUCCUGCGACGACGGCUUUGAGGUUGAAAAACGGGAACCUACCGCUUGCUGAACAAUGAAAAAAA